AUGGCGGACCGCGACACUCGUGAGUAAUUUCUUCUUCAAGCAUGCGAUUCAGACGACGUGUGUCGCGUGCCCCUUCCAUCGAGGCGCAGUGUAGCCGAUUCUCAGUCAAGUUCCACCCAGCCGCAUCACGCCGCAUCCAUCCCCUCGACACGCUGGCCCGACGCGAUCAGGCUCUCGAUACACACACGCACACGCACACGCACACGCACACGCACACGCACACGCACACGCACGCACACGCACACACACACUGACCGACGUGCUUCCACCUUUCCCUCCCGCACCCCGCGCAGUCUUGGGCAUGGGCUUCACAGCCGAUCGAGUGGACUGGGCACUGCACGCCACCCGCUCAAGCGGUCUACAGCCCGCCAUGGAUCAUCUUCUUGCUCAUUCCGAAGAGCCAGUGCCCGACUACAAGAACGCGCCUGCUCCAGCCACCGCGGCAGGCGCGGCGGACUAUGAUGAUGAGGAUCAGGCGGCCUUGAUGGACAUGCUGGGCAAACAGGGUCAGAGCGCUCAGGAUGAGAUGAUCGAGGGUGCUCAAGAGGCAAAGGUGCGCAUAUACGCAGCGUGCAAUGCCAUGUAUGCGCGCAUCGCUACAGCUCGCGCAACUUGACUUACGCUUUACCACUCUGCUCCCUCUUUCCCAUUCCUUGGGGAGCAGAGCAUCAAAUGCGUGGAAUGCGGCAAGAUCCUCAAGUCGCCCGCCUUUGCCUCCUUUCACGCCGAGAAGAGCGGUCACACCAACUUUGAGGAGAGCACAGAAGAGGUGCGCAGUGUCAAACUUGGUCUCCUUUGGCGUCCACUCCCCCUCUCAAUCUCACGCACUCAUUCUCGCUCUCACUUUCUGCCCCGCACACGUCACAGGUCAAACCUCUGACAGAAGAAGAGAAAAAGGCAAAGCUCGCUGAGCGUGAGUCGACAAUAUCGCAGUAUGCGCUUUGCUGUGCCCCUCGCACUAAUAUCCGCUCAACGAUAUGUGGUUCCCCCAUUCCGGCGCUUCACAGUUCGGGACAAGCUGGCAGCCAAAAGAGCAGCGCAGAGCAAGGAUGAUGCCAAGGAGGCCAAGGCGAACGAGCAGAUUAGACGAAAAGCUGGAAGGGAUAUGGGAGAGGCUAGAGAGGAGAUGAAGAAGAAGGGUGAGCAUGCUGAGAAAAAUUGUAGCGCGUUGCGGAUCUCACGAAGCUGCCCGCUUCUCACCCACCCACAAACGCUGCCCCUCAUUUGCACAGAGGCUGUGAGAGAAGCUGAGAAGCGCAAAGCCGAAGCGCGAGCCAAUGUGAGUCCCACGUCCAGGCGCACAAAUGGCCAGCCAGCUCAAUGGAGUCUUGCUGUGGUAUGCAGGUCGAGGCGAAGCGGCGAGUGCGGGAGCAGAUCGAGCAAGAUAAGCGCGAGAGGGCGGAGAAGGCUGCUCGUGAAAAGGCUUUGCGCGAAGGAGGUCCAGUGCCCGUGUCUGCGCCAGCUGCAUCUAGCAAGCCUGGAGGAUUAGCGGCUGCACUUGCAGGUGGCGCAGGGGCAAACGGCGCAAAUACCAACGAGGCACGACUGCGGGUUAGAGCUCCGAAAGGCACUUGGACUGGAACUCUGCCGGCUGACAAGACGCUUGGGGAUGUUGCAAAGCUCAUUCAGGAGGCUGGAAUGGCUGAUGGAGGACUGAAUGUGAGUUUUCCUUGCCCGCAAUAUUCGUCCUUCGUUCUCUCGAACUCGAUUUGAAGUAUGGACAGCUUACAGGGUCACAUCCUUGCACCACAUCCACACGCCCCCCCUCUCAUCGUGCUUGCGCGCCAACAAACAGUUCAGCACCACUUUUCCGCGCAAACAAUUCGGAUCAGCCGAGCUUGGCAAGAGCUUGAAGGAGCUGGGACUGGUGCCCAAUGCGGCGCUCGAGGCGAGCGCCGCGCCCUGA